CGUGGUCCUGGCACCAACUUGGGGGGGGGGGGAUCUUCGCCGUGUGCGCAGGGCGGAAACCUGCUUAUGAGACCCUCCAUGUGCCUGCUUACAUUCUGCCUCUGAGGUAGUUCUGCACAGAAGCUGAAAAUGCCCAGAGGUUUCUGGCUUUUUCUACCACGUCCCCAGCCCUUCUGCCUCUCUGCCUGAGUGGGUCAAUAGAAUAUUGAAAGGGACUCCUUAAUCCAAGUCAGUCCUCAUCCUGCAGCAUCUGCGGAAUUGUAUCCGGAAUCCAAGAUGGCCUGCCAGCCAUCUGAGGACACUGCUGAGUCUCAGGUGUCAGAUGAGCUGGAGUGCAAGAUCUGUUACAACCGUUACAAUCUGAAACAGAGGAAGCCCAAAGUUCUGGGCUGUUGUCACAGGGUCUGUGCCAAAUGCCUUUACAAGAUCAUCGACUUUGGGGACUCCCCUCAAGGGGUCAUCGUCUGCCCCUUCUGCAGGUUUGAGACCUGCCUGCCAGAUGAUGAGGUGAGCAGCCUACCUGAUGACAACAACAUUCUCGUGAACUUGACUUGUGGCGGAGGCAAAGGGAAGAAGUGCCUGCCUGACAACCCCACCGAACUACUGUUGACACCCAAGAGGCUAGCCUCCCUGGUCAGCCCUUCUCACACGUCCUCCAACUGCCUGGUCAUCACCAUCAUGGAGGUACAGAGAGAGAGCUCCCCAUCCCUGAGCUCCACGCCCGUGGUGGAGUUCUACAGGCCUGCAAGUUUCGACUCUGUCACCACCGUGUCACACAAUUGGACCGUGUGGAACUGCACGUCGCUGCUGUUCCAGACUUCCAUCCGGGUGUUGGUGUGGCUGCUGGGCUUGCUCUACUUCAGCUCCCUGCCCUUGGGGAUCUACUUACUGGUGUCCAAGAAAGUCACCCUCGGGGUGGUCUUUGUCAGCCUUGUCCCCUCGAGUCUGGUUAUUCUCAUGGUGUACGGUUUCUGCCAGUGCAUGUGCCAUGAAUUUCUAGACUGCAUGGCACCUCCUUCCUAACUGAUUAGGCAGAGCCAGGCACUUGACAAUGUGCUGCUGUGUUUGAAUCUAGGGAAUUCAUGAUUUAUCUUGUCUUCUCUUUUGCGUCCAGGACAUUCUACAGAGCCCUGGGGCCUAUGUUGGCAGUCUGUUUGCCAUCAAAAUGUUGACUUGAGUUUUUCCUGUACACUGGAGGUAAAAAUGUUCAUUUCUGUGCAGGGGUUAACAAAGAAGCAAAACUACAUCAGCACACCCUCAUGGCAUGCUGGCCACAGAGGAAAUCCCCAGAGCCAGGACAGUGCCUGUACACUGGGACUGGGGAUGGGUAGCUGUGUUGUGGCAGA